GCGAUCCCCCGUGUAAGAGUGAGGUGGAGGAGGACCUUCCAGUCCAUGUGACCACAGAAAUUCCCAGUAAGAACAUCAUCUUAUCACACAGUUAUAAAGUAGAAGAUGAAGAUAUCAUGCAGGACUUCAGGACAUCAGGAGAAAAUGUACAUUCAGAACUUCACCGUACAGAUCUAUCAUAUAAUCCCCCUAAUCAUGAGGAAUAUUUUACUGAGCAGUCACAGAUUGUUACCACAAGUAUCGGGCAGAACCAGGGUAAAAGGUUUAUGUGUGGUGACUGUGGGAAACAGUAUUCAAGAAGCUCAGUUCUUUUUGCACACAGAAGAAUUCACACGGGAGAGAAGCUGUGUGCAUGCCCACUAUGUGGGAAAUGUUUUACAAAUAGAUCACAUCUUGUUAUACAUGAGAGAAUUCACACAGGAGAGAAGCCAUAUUCCUGUCCAGAAUGUGGGAAAUGUUUUACUAAUAAAUCACAUCUUGUUAUACAUGAGAGAAGUCACACUGGAAAGAAGCCGUAUCCAUGUUCUCAGUGUGGGAAAUGUUUUGCACAAAAAUCACAUCUUGUUAAACACGAGAGAAGUCACACAGGUGAGAGGCCUUAUUCCUGUUCAGAAUGUGGAAAACGUUUUAAUACUAAAGCCAAUCUCCGGGAUCAUCAGAGAAUUCACACGGGAGAGAAACCAUUUAUAUGUUCUGAAUGUGAGAAAUGUUUUACAGAUCGAUCAAGUCUUUUUAGACAUAAGAGAAUUCACACGGGAGAGAAGCCAUAUUCAUGUUCAGAAUGUGGGAAAUGUUUUACUGAUAAAUCAAGUCUUGUUAUACAUAAGAGAAUUCACACAGGAGAGAAGCCGUACUCAUGUUCAGAAUGUGGGAAAUGUUUUACAAAUAAAUCUAAUCUUGCUAUCCACGAGAAAAGUCACACAGGAGAGAAGCCAUAUUCAUGUUCAGAAUGUGGGAAAUGUUUUACUACAAAAACCAAAUUUAAGGAUCACCAUCUAAAAUAUCACACAGGGGAGAAGUCCUUCUCAUGUUCAGAAUGUGGAAAGUGUUUUACAAGGAAAUCAAAAUUUGAAACUCAUCAAAAAAUUCACACAGAGAAGAAACCAUAUUCUUGUCUGGAAUGUGGAAAAUGCUAUAAGAGCAAAAAAAGGUUUUCAAACCAUCAGGCUAUUCACAAACAUUAAACGCCUAAUAAGAUAAUUUACUUUUAUGGUGGAAUUAGCCUGGAUCUGCUGAACACCAAAAUUAUAUAAACUGACCUCAACUGUGACCAGGAUCCAUGUUGGAAAAGAAGAGCCUCUCUUCCUUCCGAAUGAACGGUAUUCAUGCAUCCAGAAUCCAGAGUGGUAUUAUGAAAAAAAAAAUGUUUACAUGGGUGUCCUUGUUUUGUGUUUGCUAACUUAUUUGGACAAAUUAAUCUUUGAUCUUCAUUUGAUCUAGAUGAAGAUAAGUGAUGGAAUUGAGUAAAAAAACUGAAUUUGCAAUAAUGUGUUAAACAAAAGGUUUAUCCCAUUCUUCCAUGGGCAGUAUGCACAGCCACUUUUCAUCUCUCCAGCAUCAUGAGUGGAUAUAGAACCUGGCCAUUCCAGAACCUUUUUUUUCCCUAGCCAUUCCUUAGUGGGAUUACUGUUAUACUUAGGGACAUUGCCAUGUUGCCCGGUCGACUUUGAGCUUAGCUUCAGUCAUCCUGACAGGUGGUCUCUGUUAAAGGGGCUAUUAAUUAUUGAUAUUUAUGCCAAUCUCAAUAAUUAAUAUUCCUAAAUAGGCGUGAGUCGUCUAGUGAUGACUCCGCCUAUUUAUGCCUAAAUUAACAACAAAUCACUACUGAUUGCCUUACUCUACACUGAAUUACCUUCGGCUAUUGCUGCGGUGCCUUACUACUACA